AUGGUGCGCGCCGUUGGUGAGAGCAGAGAUGGAGAGUGCUGUGAGGAGCUACGAGGCGCAGAUCCGGAGCUACCGAGGGCCCGACCCGCUGGAGCCGUGGGACAGGUACGUGCAGUGGGUGGAAGGAUGCCUGCCCCUCCAGGAGAAACAGCACCGCUUGCCAGGGCUGCUGGAGCAGCUUGUGAAGGGGUUCCUGAGCGACAGGAGGUACCACCAGGACCCCAGGUUCGUCAGCUACUGCCUGAAGCUGGCAGAGUUCAUCUCUUCUCCUGGGCAGUAUUUUGACUUCCUCUACGCACAGGGAAUUGGGGCAAAGUCAUCGAGCUUCUACGUGGCUUGGGCUCAGCAGCUUGUGAGGGAAGGAGAGGUGGGGUCUGCAGGAGCUGUGCUGCAGAAAGCUCUUCACAACCAGGCACAGCCCCAGGAGAGCUUGCAGCAGCUUUAUUGCUGGCUGCAGAAUGAUCAUCUUCAGAAUCCUCCUGUGCAAGGUACUGCUGUGAUAAAACCCCUUCAAACUUCUCAAGCUGCAAAUCAAAUGGCUCCUCAAAAUGGUCUUGGCAAUCUUAAUGACCCAGCAUACACAUGCAAAAAUCAGGGCCCUGAUUCUGCUGGCACUCAGUCCUGUUCUUCUGGUGGGAGAGAAGUGAAGUAUGUUACCUACAUCUCCAAAUCUGAAGUCCUUCCUAAGUCUUCAUCAGCUGCUGUGGAAUGUGAGCAGAUGGCAAUGUAUGAUAAAACCCUGCUCCUCUGUGAAGGUUCUGAGCUCUCCUUUGAGGAGCUGAGGGCCAAGAGACACCUCCAGAAACACCAGCGCCUCAGGAAGCACCAGCAGUGGGAAGAAGAAGAAAGAGCCUCUGUGAGGAAAAAAGAGUCAGCUGUCCUUGAACUGCAGGCCCUGCAGCAGAAGCUGGAGCAGCUCACCCAGCUCACCAAGAGCUUGGAGGAAACCAGACUGGAACCAACAUCUACAGCACCAGUUCAGCCCAGCAAGGCAGUGGUGCACCCAGCAGUGGCACCCAGUGCAGAUCUGCAGCAGAACUGGAUGGGAUCUCACCAGAGCUCAGAUCUGCUGCCACAGGAGCCUCAGUCAAGCACUUUAUCAUCCACUGCUCUUACCCUGCACUCAGCAAAACCUGCUGGCCCCCAGCUGACAUCAACCUCCCUCCUGGAAGCAACAUAUAGAAAGGAUGCAGCCAGAACUCAGCUAGAGCUUGGAGAACUCCAGAAGAGUUUGUUACACCCUGCCUUGAAUGUUUCAGCUCAGGACCAGACCCAGCCUGACCCAGCUCUCACCUGCAGCACUGGAGAGCAGCAGCCUAAGAAGAGAUUCACUGGAGUAACUAACGCUGCAGACAGGAGGGAAGCAUCUAGAGUUGGGAAUUCUUCCUUUGCCUCUGGAAAUGCUUCCCAAGCAACUCCAAACACCUCCCUGGGAGGAGCAGCUCAGGCAACGCCGUUCAAAGUGCAGCCUUCACCCACAGUUCAUACAAAGGAAGCCCUGGGAUUCCUGAUGGAUAUGUUUCAAAUACCCAUCUUGCAUGAACCUCUUGAUGAAAGUGAGGACCACUUUGAAGUCUUCUGUAGAAAAAGUGAGCCUGGUGCAAGCCUGCAAGCUAAUGUUGCCACUGUUGUGCCUGCAUUUUCUAUCUUUGAAGAUGAGAAUGAAAAAGAGAACAGCAGAAUCCCACAGCAUAAAAGCAAGGCAGAGGAGCCCAGGGCUGCUGGUGAACGUCCCCUGCCUGAGUGCCCAGCACCAGAAGAAGAAACGGGGACACCGGAGUUCCUGAGGGAUGAUUACACAGUGUGGAAUGUACCAAGCAGUAAUAAAACAUUAGCUCCCAGUCCAAACAACACAAGAGACUUUGCACGAGCUGCCCAGCUUGUAUCAACACCAUUUAAUUACCUGUCAGCACAUUCAAGACAAGCUUUGGAGGACAGAGCCUGCAGGGAUGAGUUGCCACAAAUGGAUCUGGAGUUUUCUGAAGAUCUGCACAAGCAGGGAAAACCCAAGAAGCAAAGCCCUGCUCUUGCAGAACAAGGAAAGCUUCAAGGAAAAAUCUUGAAACAAUCAAGUGGAAUUCAAGGGCUUGCUCCAGCUGCUUCUCAAAGGCUGCACGAGCAGAGUGCUGUGAGCAGAGCUGAAUGUUCCUUGUCUGCUGGGACAGACAGAAUUUCCCUGGAGAAGCUGUGUGGAAUAGAGCAGGACAGGACAGCUCAGGGUGCUCAGACUGCAGUCCUUGUUGAGAACCCCUGGGAUAAGGAAUUGAUCUGCAAAUUCUUAUCUGAGCUUCCUAAACCACUCCACACCUAUGCCAACUGCUUUGAAUGGAAAUCUGCUCUUCCCCUCAUCAGGCUGAAGGCUGAACUCUCACUGGGUUCCAGCUCAUUCCAUGUGGACAGCUUGGUUGGAGAGGGAGCUUUUGCCCAGGUCUAUCAGGCUUCCAUCCUGGAUGCAAAUAACCCUAAAAACAACCAGAAAGUGGUAUUUAAGGUCCAGAAGCCUGCUAACCCCUGGGAGUUCUACAUUGCAACACAGCUGAUAGAAAGGUUGGACCCAAGUAUCCACCACCUCUACAUCCACUUCUACUCUGCUCAUUUCUUCCAAAAUGGAAGCAUUUUGGUUGGUGAGCUCCACAACUAUGGAACAUUGCUGAAUGCCAUUAACAUUUACAAAAAGCUUCCGGAGAAGGUCAUGCCUCAAGCACUUGUCAUCUACUUUGCUGUGAAAAUUCUUUACAUGGUGGAAGAGCUUCACAGCUGCCAGAUCAUUCACGGGGACAUUAAGCCUGACAAUUUCAUACUGGGAGAAAGGUUUCUGGACAAUGACACCUGUGACAUAGAUGGGCUCUCCCAUGGCUUGACACUCAUUGACUUGGGGCAGAGCAUAGACAUGAAGCUCUUUCCUGAAGGAACAGCAUUUACUGCCAAGUGUGAAACAUCUGGAUUUCAGUGCAUUGAAAUGCUGACCCACAAACCCUGGAGCUACCAGACAGACUACUUUGGCAUUGCAGCCACCAUCUACUGCAUGCUCUUUGGGACCUACAUGAGGGUCAAGGAUGAAAACGGUGUCUGGAAGCCUGAGGGAACCUUCAGAAGGCUUGCCAACGCUGACCUGUGGAAAGAGUUCUUUGAGAGCAUGCUGAACAUCCCCAACUGCCACAGCCUGCCUUCCCUGGGAGCCCUACGGAAGAGGCUGAAGGAUGUGUUUUGUAAGUCCCACACCAAGGAGAUCAGGCUGCUGAGGAACAGACUCGUCGUGCUGCUCAUCGAGCACAAGCGCUCACGAAAAUGAGCGUCACCCACUGCCUGGGGACUGGUGUUUGGCUGCUGGCAGAG